AAUCUUCUUACAAGAGCUUAAAUUAUCUGUAAACUUAUCCUAAUCAUGAGUGGCUCCAAACCUGAUAUUCUCUGGGCCCCGCACCACGUUGACAGAUUCGUUGUAUGCGAUUCGGAAUUGAGCCUUUAUCACAUUGACUCUGCUGUGAGUUCAGAACUCAAGGCAGGGUCCUUGCGGCUAUCGGAGGAAACUACAGCUACGCUAUUGUCAAUAAAUUCAGAUACACCGUAUAUGAAAUGUGUGGCUUGGUAUCCAAAGUACGAUCCUGAAUGUCUCCUUGCUGUUGGACAGGCCAAUGGUCGAGUGGUACUUACUAGCCUCGGUCAAGAUCACAACUCAAAAUCUAAAGAUUUGAUAGGCAAAGAGUUUGUUCCCAAACAUGCACGGCAAUGCAAUACCCUCGCGUGGAACCCGCUAGAUAGUAAUUGGCUUGCUGCUGGGUUAGAUAAACAUCGGGCUGAUUUUUCAGUAUUGAUUUGGGAUAUCAGUAGCAAAUAUGCUCCAGAGACUGCAGUUGCUACAGAGAAAGUAAGACUUUCAGCAGGAGAUCCAGAAGCAGGACUGGUAGUAACAAAGCCACUGUAUGAAUUAGGACAGAACGAUGCUUGUCUUUCUCUCUGUUGGCUUCCACGGGACCAGAAGCUGCUUUUAGCUGGAAUGCAUCGAAAUCUGGCUAUCUUUGAUCUGAGGAACACAAGCCAAAAAAUAUUUGUAAACACCAAGGCUGUCCAAGGAGUGACUGUCGAUCCCUAUUUCCAUGAUCGUGUAGCUUCCUUCUAUGAAGGUCAGGUUGCCAUAUGGGAUUUAAGAAAGUUUGAAAAGCCUGUUUUGACCUUGACAGAGCAACCAAAACCCUUAACAAAAGUCGCAUGGUGUCCAACAAGAACUGGACUGUUAGCUACAUUAACAAGAGAUAGUAAUAUCAUUAGACUGUAUGACAUGCAGCAUACUCCAACCCCUAUUGGAGAUGAAACUGAGCCAACAAUAAUUGAAAGAAGUGUCCAACCGUGUGAAAACUACAUUGCUUCAUUUGCCUGGCAUCCCACAAGUCAAAAUCGAAUGGUAGUAGUGACUCCCAACAGGACUAUGUCUGACUUCACAGUUUUUGAAAGAAUUUCUCUUGCGUGGAGUCCAGUGACAUCCUUAAUGUGGGCUUGUGGACGACAUUUAUAUGAGUGUACAGAAGAAGGAAAGGCUAGUUCCUUGGAAAAAGACAUAGCAACCAAAAUGCGGCUCAGAGCUCUGUCAAGGUAUGGUCUUGAUACUGAACAAGUUUGGAGAAACCACCUCCUAGCUGGAAAUGAAGAUCCUCAGCUGAAGUCACUUUGGUACACUCUGCAUUUUAUGAAGCAGUAUACUGAAGAUAUGGAUCAAAAACUUACAGGAAACAAAGGCCCCUUAGUUUAUGCUGGCAUUAAAUCAAUUGUGAAGUCAUCUUUGGGAACAACAGAGAACCUCAGGCACAGCAGGAGUGGAUCUGAUAGACAGGCAGAUAUUAUUCAGUAUUUGAGUGAGGAGAGAUCCUUGGCUUUGCAGCUCUGUGGGUGGAUAAAGAAGGGAACAGACUUAGAUGUGGAACCUUUUUUAAAUUCGUUGGAACAGGAGGGAGACUGGGAGCGAGCUGCUGCUGUAGCACUUUUCAACUUGGACAUACGGCGAGCAAUACAAAUUCUAAAUAAAGGGGCUUCCUCAGGAAAAGGUGAUCUGAACCUUAAUGUAGUAGCAAUGGCUCUAUCAGGCUACACAGAUGAGAAGAACUCACUUUGGAGAGAAAUGUGCAGUACUCUAAGACUGCAGUUGAACAAUCCCUACUUGUGUGCUAUGUUUGCUUUUUUGACAAGUGAGUCUGGUUCAUAUGAUGGUGUUUUGUAUGAAAAUAAUGUAGCUGUACGAGACAGAGUGGCAUUUGCUUGCAAGUUCCUCAAUGAUGCUCAGCUGAACAGGUUUAUUGAAAAGCUGACGAAUGAAAUGAAGGAUGCUGGGAAUUUGGAGGGAAUACUGUUAACAGGGCUGACAAAAGAUGGAGUUGACUUGAUGGAAAGUUACGUUGACAGAACUGGAGAUGUCCAGACAGCAAGCUAUUGCAUGCUACAGGGUUCUCCAUCGGAUGUACUUAAGGAUGAGAGGGUUCAGUACUGGAUCGAGAACUACAGGAAUCUUUUAGAUGCUUGGAGAUUUUGGCAUAAACGUGCAGAAUUUGAUAUCCACAGGAGUAAGCUGGAUCCCAGUUCGAAACCUUUAGCCCAGGUGUUUGUGAGUUGCAAUUUCUGUGGAAAAUCAAUCUCUUACAGCUGCUCAGCUAUUCCUCAUCAGGGGCGAGGUUUUAGCCAAUAUGGAGUUAGCGGCUCACCAACUAAGUCAAAAGUUACAAGCUGUCCUGGUUGCCGUAAACCCCUUCCUCGCUGUGCACUUUGCUUGAUAAAUAUGGGAACACCGGUUUCCAGCUGUCCAGGAGGAUCCAAGUCAGAUGAAAAAGUGGAUCUUAGCAAAGACAAGAAGUUAGCCCAGUUCAACAACUGGUUUACUUGGUGUCACAACUGUAGGCAUGGUGGACAUGCUGGGCAUAUGCUUAGCUGGUUCAGGGACCAUACUGAGUGCCCAGUUUCUGCCUGCUCUUGUAAGUGUAUGCAGCUGGAUACAACAGGGAAUCUCAUUCCAGCAGAGACUGUCCAGGCAUAAAUACUGUUUGAAAAUGUGGUGCUCUCUAAUGUAUGUCCAUCAUAGUCCAAGCAUAUAUUUUAGAUAAAGGUCAUUUGUGACUUACUGACUGUGAAAAAAUAAAAUUGCUAUCAGAUUAGUAAAAUGAUGUGUGUAUGACUGUGCUUGGUAGAAACAGGUGUUCCUGAAAUGAGCCUCUGAGUAUAGUAUGUGGUCCUUGUUCAGAGGAUUGAAGCAGUUCAGUUCAAAAGCACUUUUAAUGAAGUUUUCAGGGUAAUGCUGAUAGGCCCUUUUUAUUUGUUUUCCAAACAAAACAGUGUUUAUAUGCUGUGAAAGUGGGCCUUCAAAACAAACUCCUGAAAAGUGUUCUAAAGAAGAUCACACAGUGAUGUCGUGGAUUCCUCUGUUCAUUGUUUGAUCACGCUUUCUUAUAUGCAAAUGAUCAUUUCCUUGUAAGUUCAUUCAAAGUGCCACUGUUAAUUGUAUUCUAAAGAUUUUUAUUUCAAAGAAAAAUCCAUUUCUUUCUCUUCCCAAGUUUUGUUAAUAGUAAAGCAAUAUCUUUGCAAUUCGAGGUCUUAUUUAAUUUACCUACAUACCUAGCUGAUGUGAAUUUUAAUGCUAAAGAAUUUUGGGGGUUUGUCUCCUCCAGGAUAUAGACAUUGCUAGGAGAGUUCCCUGAAACGUCAUGUGUCUGUUUCAGUGCAGAGUGCAGGUAAACUAUAGGAGGUUUCAUUUGAUUGAUUAAUUUUUAACGUAGUACUGUGAAGAUCUGAAAUCUCAAGGACUGGAGACUUGUAAAUAUUUAAGUUUUAAACUACAUGCUGAGUUUUGACUAAAAAAAUAAUUUGAAGACUUUUGGAUAAUCAGCAUUUCCCUAUACUUCUGAAAUAUGCUGGGAAGUGUGAAAUCAACCUAUAUAAAUCCUGCUUCUAGUCACUAGCGGACACCAGUCUGCUCCCAAAAGGCUGCACAAUUUUAGGACAUUGACCACAAGUAGUUCUAGGUAUGUUACCAGCUGGAAUUAAGAUUAUUUAUUAACUUGAGAGACAGUCAGUGAUACUUUGCUAAUACUGUGCUAGGAGCGAAUCGGUAUUGUUCUUGAUUUUGUAGGCAACAAAAUUCACACAAAUUGGGGGAAAAAAACCUGUUUUAAGGUAUGUGAUAAUAACAUCAGUUUACUUGGUGUGUGUUUACUUACUAGUGGAAACAGUAUAUGAGUUACUUAACACUUGCGUGCUAUGAAAUACUAAAUGGAAUGCUAGCAAUAAACUGGUACCGUAUUGCCAGGACUGUGAAAAUUGGUGUUUUAAAAGGGAAUAUAUUGUAAUAUACCACUAGUUCUAAGUGCUCUAGUGUAGUUGCAACAAGAUAGAAUGUGGAAACGUUUUCUGUAGAUGUACAUGAUUACAUUCAGGACUUUGGGUUAUAUUUUCUGAUUUAGCAUUAAUGUUGUAAUACACCUGCUACAUUUAUUCUGAUCUAAAAUUCUUGUCUAAUUGACAAAGAUCUUUUUUAAGUUAAAAAUCUAAGAGGUACUUGGUAUUUGUAGGCAUGGGAGAGCAGUUACUUUUUGUUAGAAUAUUUAUUUCUCUUUCCAGUAUUUUUGCACACUUCAUGUUGCUGUUGAGGAGGUCUUCAAAAUAGUCUCCAUUUAUAAAUGUAAACUGGGGUUUAAUGUAUGAUACCCUAUUUAUAUAAAUACAGGCAAUAAAACUUCUGCUUUAUGGAAAUGAGGAUUUUUAAGUGUCAAGGAUAUGUUUUUAUUCCUCUGUAAUAGCAACGUUUGGUAAAUUUUCUUGAUAAAUUCCAUGUCCAGGUGAACACAACUAACUUACAACGUCUCAUUUUCUUAUUUAAAGAAAACUCAUUUAUAACGUUUUUGACUUGACUGUACCUGUUUGUGUCAAAUUCUAUAAUUUCAUUAAAUUAGAUGCUUACUUUGAUACUUAGUGUGUCUUUGAAAUGUUUUGGAUUAUGAAUGUGUGCAUAUUCUGGCAUAGUGUAACUAUCAGUUUUGGCUGUUGUAAUUGGUAAUGAGGCUUUCAUGCCAGUAAUUACACUAUUUGCAAAAGUUACAAAGUAAGAGGUGUAUGUUUUUUAAC